AUGUCUUAUUAUCCUGGAUAAAAUGCAUAUGGCAAUCGUUUAAGAUAAUCCUUAACUUAUCCUAAUACAUACAGUUAACCAAUUUCUUAUGCUCCAAUUCAAUAUACUACCCCAGUCUAAUAUACUACCCCAAUUACAUAAUCUGUUGUACAACCUGUAGUGCAAUAAUCCUACAUAACUUAACCUGUUGCUGUCCAAUAAAUCAUGGCCUAACCUGCUCAAUAAACUAUUAGAGGAGAAUCUAGAGUGGAAUAUAAAGAAUAUUAAAAACCAGUUGUAGAAAUGGAAACUGAGACUGUCUAAAUUUAAGUUCCAAAAACAAAAUAUGUGACAGAUUACUAUCCAGUUGAAUAUUAAACAGAAUAUAUACCAAGAACAGUUUAUGAAUAAUAAACAGAGUACGUUCCAGUCACUAAAACAGUACCUAGAAUAGAAUAUGAAGCAAUUGAAAGAGAAGUUUAAAGAGUAAAAAUUAUAUUUAAUCUUUUAGCAAUAAUAAGUAAUGAUUUAGCAACCAGUUAUUCAAUAAUACAUAGCUUAACCAACGUAGCAUGUUUAAUAACCAGUUGUUUAAACUUUUGUUCAGAAACCUGUUAUUUAAUCUGUUGUUUAAUAACCAUUAACAUAUUCAGCAGUUAGAUAAUCAUAUAACUAUGUUCCAUCUCUGUAAACAGUUCCUAAGGUUUCAUAUCCACCAACAAAUUGAUGAC